UUACGGCCUGGCAGGUAGUCUCGCGGCCCUGGGCUCAAAGCCCGCCCAGCUGCUUCUGCGCCCCGCCCCGGCCCGUGCGUCUCCGCCCGCGCUGUCUCUUCCCAGAUCCGCAUCCGGCUCCUCCCCUGGUUGCCACCCUUCCCUCCCGCAGGACCUGGAACGGAGUUUCUGCUUCCUGCUGCGGGAAUCGGACGCCCCUGGUCACGCACCACUGUCUCCCGCCCCAGUCUAAGGGAGGAUUCGAGCGCAGGCAUAUGCUAGCUGAGUUUCAGCCAUGGAAAAACUCCACGGGCAUGUGUCUGCCGAUCCAGACAUCCUCUCCUUGGAGAACCGUUGCCUGGCCAUGCUCCCUGACUUGCAUCCCAUGGAAAAACUACAUGAGCAUAUAUCUCCCCACUCAGAUAUCCUCUCCUUGAAGAACCAGUGCCUAGCCAUGCUUCCUGACCUGAAGACCAUGGAAAAACCACAUGGACAUGUGUCUGCCCACCCAGACAUCCUCUCCUUGGAGAACCGGUGCCUGGCCACGCUUCCUAACCUGAAGACCUUGGAGAAACCACAUGGACAUGUUUCUGCCCAUCCAGACAUCCUCUCCUUGGAGAACCGGUGCCUAGCCACCCUCCCUAGUCUAAAGAGCACUGUGUCUGCCAACCCUUUGCUCCAGAAUCUACAGAUAUCCUACAUGAUGCAAGCUGAUCUGUACCGGGUGAACAGCAGCAAUUGCCUGCUCUCUGAGCCUCCAAGUUGUAGGGCUCAGCAUUUCUCUAAGGGACCAGGCCUUUCAGCCUGCCCCAUGGCCCCCGUCUCUGCCACAGAGACAGUCCAGGAAGCAACUUUGGGUCAUUGGUUUUAUUCAGAAGAGAAAAAGCCAGAGGAGAAGAAAGUGGCAGAGACCCAAAUACCAUCUUAUAGUCUGAGCUUGGGAGAAGAGGAGGUAGAGGAUCUGGCUGUGAAGCUUACCUCAGGAGACUGUGAAUCUCAUCUGGAGCCUACUGACCAGGUCCUUCAGGAAAAGAAGAUGGCUCUAAUGAGCUUGCUCUGCUCUACUCUGGUCUCAGAAGUAAACAUGAAAAAUGCGUCUGACCCCAUCUUGGCUGAAAUUUUUGAAGUCUGUAGUGAAGUUGCCCCCCUGGAGCCUGAGUUUAUCCUCAAGGCAUCUUUGUACGCCAGGCAGCAGCUGAAUGUCCGGAACGUGGCCAAUAAAGUCUUGGCCAUUGCUGCCUUCUUGCCGGCAUGCCGGCCCCACCUGCGACGAUAUUUCUGUGCCAUUGUCCAGCUGCCUUCUGACUGGAUCCAGGUGGCUGAGCUUUACCAGAGCCUGGCUGGGGGAGAUGAGAAUAAGCUGGUGCCCCUGCCUGCCUGUCUCCGUACUGCCAUGAUGGACAAAUUUGCCCAAUUUGAUGAGUACCAGCUGGCUAAGUACAACCCUUGGAACCACCGGGCCAAGAGACACCCCCGCCGGCCAGCCCGCUCUCCAAGGAUGGAACCUCCAUUUUCUAGCAGGCGUUUUCCAAGGUACAUAAUAUUUCUUAGAGAUGAGCAGAGAAAGUUUGAGAAGGCCUGUGAUGCAGAAUCAGAGAAAAAGAAUCCUCCAAGGUUUACCUUGAAGAAGCUGGUUCAGCGACUGCAUAUCCAUGAGCCUGCCCAGCACGUUCAAGCCCUGCUGGGUUACAGAUACCCCUCGAACCUACAGCUCUUUUCUCGAAGUCGCCUUCCUGGGCCUUGGGAUUCUAGCAGAGCUGGGAAGAGGAUGAAGCUGUCUAGGCCAGAGACCUGGGAUCGGGAGCUGAGCCUGCGGGGAAACAAAGCUUCAGUCUGGGAAGAACUUAUCGAAAAUGAGAAGCUUCCCUUCAUGGCCAUGCUUCGGAACCUGUGCAACCUGCUUCGUGUUGGAAUCAGUGCGCGCCACCAUGAGCUCGUUCUCCAGAGACUCCAGCAUGCGAAGUCAGUCAUCCACAGUCGGCAGUUUCCAUUCAGGUUUCUUAACGCCCAUGAUUCCAUUGAUGCCCUUGAGGCUCAACUCAGAAAUCAAGCAUUGCCCUUUCCUUCUAAUAUAACACUGAUGAGGCAGAUAAUAACUAGAAAUGAGAAGAACUGUCCCAGGCGGAGGUUUCUUUGCUCCCUAAGCCGUCAGCAGCUUCGGGCAGUAAUGAGGAUACCUGUGAUGUAUGAGCAGCUCAAGCGGGAGAAGCUGAGAGUACACAAGGCCAGACAGUGGAAAUAUGAUGGUGAGAUGCUGAACCGGUAUCGACAGGCCCUGGAGACAGCUGUGAACCUCUCUGUGAAGCACAGCCUGCCUCCGCUGCCAGGCCGCACCAUCUUGGUCUAUCUGACAGAUGCUAAUGCAGACAAGCUCUGUCCCAAGAGCAACCCAAAAGGGCCCCCACUGAACUAUGUGCUGCUGUUGAUUGGGAUGAUGAUCACAACAGCGGAGCAGGUGGAUGUCGUGCUGUGUGGAGGAGACACUCUAAAGACUGCAGUGCUUAAGCCAGAAGAAGGCAUCCUGAAGACUGCCAUUAAGCUCCAGGCUCAAGUCCAGGAGUUUGAUGAAAAGAAUGAAUGGUCCCUGAAUACUUUUGGGAAAUACCUGCUGUCUCUGGCUGGCCAAAGGGUUCCUGUGGACAGGGUCAUCCUCUUUGGCCAAAGCAUGGAUUAUGGAAUGAUAAAUGUGGCCAAACAGCUUUACUGGCAGCGUGUGAAUUCCAAGUGCCUCUUUGUUGGUAUCCUCCUAAGAAGGGUUCAGUACCUGUCAACAGAUUUGAAUCCCAAUGAUGUGACACUCUCAGGCUGUACUGAUGGGAUACUGAAGUUCAUUGCAGAGCAUGGGGCCUCUCAUCUUCUGGAACAUGUGGGCCAAAUGGACAAAAUAUUCAAGAUUCCACCACACCCAGGAAAGACAGGGAUCCAGACUCUCCGGCCACUGGAAGAGGACACUCCAAGCCCCUUGGCUCCUAUUUCCCAGCAAGGAUGGCGCAGCAUCCGGCUUUUCAUUUCAUCCACUUUCCGAGACAUGCAUGGGGAGCGGGACCUGCUGCUGAGGUCUGUGCUGCCAGCACUGCAGGCCCGAGCGGCCCCUCACCACAUCAGCCUUCAUGGCAUUGACCUCCGUUGGGGUGUCACUGAGGAGGAGACCCGUAGGAACAGACAACUGGAAGUGUGCCUCGGGGAGGUGGAGAAUGCACAGCUGUUUGUGGGGAUUCUGGGCUCCCGUUAUGGAUACGUUCCUCCCAGCUACAACCUUCCUGACCAUCCGCACUUCCACUGGGCCCAGCAAUACCCUUCAGGGCGCUCUGUGACAGAGAUGGAGGUGAUGCAGUUCCUGAACCGGAACCAGCGUCUGCAGCCCUCUGCCCAAGCUCUCAUCUACUUCCGGGAUUCCAGUUUUCUCAGCUCUGUGCCAGGUGCCUGGAAAUCUGACUUUGUUUCUGAGUCUGAAGAGGCCGCAUGUCGGAUUUCAGAACUGAAGAGCUACCUAAGCAGACAGAAAGGGAUUACCUGCCGCAGAUACCCCUGUGAGUGGGGGGGUGUGGCAGCUGGCCAGCCCUAUGUUGGCGGGCUGGAGGAGUUUGGGCAGUUGGUUCUGCAGGAUGUGUGGAAUAUGAUCCAGAAGCUCUACCUACAGCCUGGGGCCCUGCUGGAGCAGCCCGUUUCCAUCCCAGAUGAUGACUUGGUCCAGGACACCUUCCAGCAGCUGCAGAAGCCACCGAGUCCUGCCCGGCUACGCCUUCUUCAGGACACAGUGCAGCAGCUGAUGAUGCAACACGGGAGGCUGAGCCUGGUGACAGGGCAGUCAGGACAGGGCAAGACGGCCUUCCUGGCAUCUCUUGUGUCAGCCCUGCAGGCUGCUGAUGGGGCCAAGGUGGCACCAUUAGUCUUCUUCCACUUUUCUGGGGCUCGUCCUGACCAGGGCCUUGCCCUCACUCUUCUCAGACGCCUCUGUACCUAUCUGCAUGGCCAACUGAAAGACCCAAAUGCCCUCCCCAACACCUACCGAAGUCUGGUGUGGGAGCUCCAGCAGAGGCUGCUGCCCAAGUCUGCUGAGUCCCUGCAGCCUGGCCAGACCCUGGUCCUGAUCAUCGAUGGGGCUGAUAGGUUGGUGGACCAGAAUGGGCAGCUGAUUUCAGACUGGAUCCCAAAGAAGCUUCCCCGGUGUGUACACCUGGUGUUGAGCGUGUCUAGUGAUGUGGGCCUAGGGGAGACCCUUGAGCAGAGCCAGGGUGCCCACGUGGUGGCCCUGGGGCCUCUGGAGGCCUCUGCUCGAGCCCGGCUGGUGAGAGAGGAGCUGGCCCUGUACGGGAAGCGGCUGGAGGAGUCACCAUUUAACAACCAGAUGCAACUGCUGCUGGUGAAGCGGGAAUCAGGCCGGCCACUCUACCUGCGCUUGGUCACUGAUCACCUGAGGCUCUUCACGCUGUAUGAGCAGGUAUCUGAGAGACUCCGGUCCCUGCCUGCCACUGUCCCUCUGCUGCUGCAGCACAUCCUGAGUACACUGGAGCAGGAGCAUGGGCCUGAUGUCCUUCCCCAGGCCUUGACCACCCUAGAGGUCACACGGAGUGGUUUGACUGUGGACCAGCUGCAUGGAGUGCUGAGUGUAUGGCGGACACUACCCAAGGGGACUAACAGCUGGGAAGAAGCAGUGGCUGCUGGUAACAGUGGAGACCCCUACCCCAUGGGCCCAUUUGCCUACCUCGUCCAGAGUCUGCGCAGUUUGCUAGGCGAGGGCCCUCUGGAACGCCCUGGUGCCCGGUUGUGCCUCCCUGAUGGGCCCCUGAGAACAGCAGCUAAACGUCGCUAUGCGAAGAGGCCAGGGCUAGAGGACACGGCACACAUCCUCAUUGCAGCUCAGCUCUGGAAGACGUGCGAUGCUGAUGCCUCAGGCACCUUCCGAAGUUGCCCUCCUGAGGCUCUUGGAGACCUGCCUUACCACCUGCUCCAGAGCAGGAACGUUGGCCUUCUUUCGAAGUUUCUUACCAACCUCCAUGUGGUGGCUGCACACUUGGAACUGGGUCUGGUCUCUCGGCUCUUGGAGGCCCAUGCCCUCUAUGCUUCUUCAGUCCCCACAGCAGAACAAAAGCUCCCCGAGGCUGAUGUUGCGGUGUUUCGCACCUUCCUGAGGCAGCAGGCUUCAAUCCUCAGCCAGUACCCCCGGCUCCUGCCCCAGCAGGCAGCCAACCAGCCCCUGGACUCACCUCUUUACCGCCAAGCCCCGCUGCUCUCCCAGCGAUGGCACCUCCAACACACUCUACGAUGGCUUAAUAAACCACAGACCAUGAAAAAUCAGCAAAGCUCCAGCCUGUCUCUGGCAGUUUCCUCAUCCCCUACUGCCGUGGCCUUCUCCACCAAUGGGCACAGAGCAGCUGUGGGCACUGCCAAUGGGACCGUUUAUCUGUUGAACCUGAGAACUUGGCAGGAGGAAAAGUCUAUGGUGAGUGGCUGUGAUGGAAUCUCUGCUUGUUUGUUCCUCUCCGAUGAUACACUUUUUCUUACUGCCUUUGACGGGCUCCUGGAGCUCUGGGACCUGCAGCAUGGUUGUCGGGUGCUGCAGACCAAGGCUCACCAGUACCAAAUCACUGGCUGCUGCCUGAGCCCAGACCGCCGGCUGCUGGCCACCGUGUGCCUGGGAGGAUGCCUAAAGCUGUGGGACACAGGCCGUGGGCAGCUGGCCUUCCAGCACACCUACCCCAAGUCCCUGAACUGUGUUGCCUUCCACCCAGAGGGGCAGGUAGUAGCCACAGGCAGCUGGGCUGGCAGCAUCAGCUUCUUCCAGGUGGAUGGGCUCAAACUCACCAAGGAUCUGGGGGCAUCCGGAGCCUCUGUCCGUACCUUGGCCUUCAAUGUGCCUGGGCGGGUUGUGGCUGUGGGCCGGCUGGACAGUAUGGUGGAGCUAUGGUCCUGGCGAGAGGGGGCACGGCUGGCUGCCUUCCCUGCCCACCAUGGCUUUGUUGCUGCUGCGCUUUUCCUGCAUGCGGGGUGUCAGUUACUGACGGCUGGAGAGGAUGGCAAGGUUCAGGUGUGGUCAGGGUCUCUGGGUCGGCCCCGUGGGUACCUGGGUUCCCUUUCUCUCUCUCCUGCCCUCUCCGUGGCACUCAGCCCAGAUGGUGAUCAGGUGGCUGUUGGGUAUCGAGCGGAUGGCAUUAAGAUCUACAAAAUCUCUUCAGGUUCCCAGGGGGCUCAGGGUCAGGCACUGGAUGUGGCAGUGUCUGCCCUGGCCUGGCUAAACUCCAGGGUAUUGGUGAGUGGUGCAGAAGAUGGAUCCUUGCAAGGCUGGGCACUCAAGGAAUGCUACCUUCAGUCCCUGUGGCUCCUGUCCACACACCAGAAGCCUGUGCUAGGACUGGCCACUUCCCAGCAGCUCUUGGCUUCAGCCUCAGAGGAUUUCACAGUGUGGCUGUGGCCAAGGCAGCUGCUGACGCUGCCGCACAAGGCAGAAGACUUUCCUUGCGGCACUGAGCUGCGGGGACAUGAGGGCCCUGUGAGCUGCUGUAGUUUCAGCACUGACGGAGGCAGCCUGGCCACCGGGGGCCGGGAUCGGGGUCUCCUCUGCUGGGAUGUGAGGACGCCCAAAGCCCCUGUUUUGAUCCGCUCCUUCCCUGCCUGUCACCGUGACUGGGUCACUGGCUGUGCCUGGACCAAAGAUAACCUACUGAUAUCCUGCUCCAGUGAUGGCUCUGUGGGGCUCUGGGACCCAGAGUCGGGACAGCAGCUUGGUCAGUUCCUGGGUCAUCAGAGUGCUGUGAGUGCCGUGGCAGCUGUGGGGGAGCACGUGGUGUCUGUGGGCCGGGAUGGGACCUUGAAAGUGUGGGACCAUCAAGGCGUGGAGCUGACCAGCAUCCCCGCCCACUCAGGACCCAUUAGCCACUGUGCAGCUGCUCUGGAGCCCCAGGCAGUCUCUGUAUUAUCAGCUGGACAGCCUGGAUCAGAGCUUCUGGUGGUGACCAUUGGGCUGGAUGGGGCUACACGGUUAUGGCAUCCACUCUUGGUGUGCCAAACUCAUACCCUCCUGGGACACAGUGGCCCAGUCCGUGCAGCUGCUGUUUCAGAAACCUCAGGCCUCCUGCUGACUGCCUCUGAGGAUGGUUCUGUACGACUCUGGCAGGUUCCUAAGGAAGCAGAUGACACAUGUAUACCAAGGAGUUCUGCAGCCAUCACUGCUGUGGCUUGGGCACCAGAUGGUUCCAUGGCAGCAUCUGGAAAUCAAGCUGGGAAACUAAUCUUGUGGCAGGAAGCUAAGGCUGUGGCCACAGCACAGGCUCCAGGCCACAUUGGUGCUUUGAUCUGGUCCUCGACACACACCUUUUUUGCCCUGAGCGCUGAUGAGAAAAUCAGUGAGUGGCAAGUGAAACUGCGGCAGGGUUCAGCACCCGGAAAUUUCAGUCUUCACCUGAACCGAAUUCUACAGGAGGACUUAGGGGUGCUGACAAGUCUGGGCUGGGCUCCUGAUGGUCACUUUCUAAUCUUGGCCAAAGCAGAUUUGAAGUUACUUUGCAUGAAGCCAGGGGAUGCUCCGUCUGAAAUCUGGAGCAGCUAUACAGAAAAUCCUAUGAUACUGUCCACCCACAAGGAGUAUGGCAUAUUCGUCCUGCAGCCUAAGGACCCUGGAGUUCUUUCUUUCUUAAGGCAAAAAGAAUCAGGAGAGUUUGAAGAGAGCCUGAACUUUAAUAUAAACUUAGAGAAUCCUAGUAGGACGCUAAUAUCGAUAACUCAAGCCAAACCUGAAUCUGAGUCCUCAUUUUUGUGUGCCAGCUCUGAUGGGAUGCUAUGGAACCUGGCCAAAUGCAACCCAGAAGGAGAAUGGACCACAGGUAACAUCUGGCAGAAGGAAGUAAACACUCCUGAAACCGCAACUCCAGAGACAGACCAAUCUACACGAAGGGAAUCUGAUGCCAGCAUGCACAGCGAGCCAAUACCACAUUUAAAUACACGACAGCGUAGAAAGAUUCACUCGGGCUCUGUCACAGCCCUCCAUGUGCUACCUGAGUUGCUGGUGACAGCUUCAAAGGACAGAGAUGUUAAGAUAUGGGAGAGACCCAGUAUGCAGCUGCUGGGCCUGUUCCAAUGCGAAGGGUCAGUGAGCUGCCUGGAACCUUGGCUGGGCACUAACUCCACUCUGCAGCUUGCCGUGGGAGACAUGCAGGGCAAUGUGUACUUUCUGUCCUGGGAAUGAAGAUGUGCUAUUCAGGGGAAAGAUGAUACCCCUUGUGCUAGAGAUGCAAAGCCCGAAGACAGUGAUAGCUUUUAAUUACUAUAAAAUUAAUAAUUUCUUAAUAAUUAUAAAAAUAAAGUAUCAAAACAUCUCAAA